GGGGCCGGGUGACGUGCGUGAAGAAAGAGCCUGCGGCGCGCGGGCGCGGGGCGGAGCGGCCAUGGCGGCUCCGGAGCCGCUGUCCCCCGCGGGUGGCGCGGGCGAGGAGCCGCCGGAUGAGGACGAGGAUGAGGCGGAGGCCGAGGACCCCGAGCGGCCGGCGGGCGCGGGCGCGGGCGCGGGCGGCGGGCGCGGUGGCGGUGGCGGUGGCGGUGGCGGUGGCGGGCCCGGGCCGGGGGUCUGCAGCGGGCUGGGGGGCGUGCUCACCAGGCGCGCGGUCACGCUGCGGGUGCUGCUCAAAGACGAGUUGCUGGAGGCCGGCGCCGGGGUGCUAUCCAUCUACUACCUGGGGAAAAAGUUCAUUGGGGACUUGCAGCCCGACGGGAGGAUCGUAUGGCAAGAAACUGGACAGGUCUUCAACUCCCCCAGCGCCUGGGCCACCCACUGCAAGAAGCUGGUCAACCCAGCCAAGAAGUCUGGCUGUGGCUGGGCCUCUGUCAAGUACAAGGGCCAGAAACUGGACAAGUACAAGGCUGCCUGGCUCCGACGACACCAGCUCCACAUGCCCAUAGCAGCUGCCGAUGAGAGCCCAGCUAGUGAAGGGGAGGAGGAGGAGCUGCUGAUGGAGGACGACGAGGACGAGGUUCUGGCGGGGGUCUCGGCGGAGGACAAGAGUCGGAGACCCCAGGGGAAGGGCCCCUCGGAGCCUGCGCACGCUGAGGCCACGCCCCCCGGGAAGCGAGUGGAGAGCAAGGUCCGGGUGCCGGUCCGCUACUGCAUGUUGGGCAGUCGCGACUCAGCCAGGAAUCCCCACACCUUGGUGGAAGUAACGUCCUUUGCGGCCAUCAACAAGUUCCAGCCGUUCAAUGUGGCCGUUUCCAGCAACGUGCUAUUUCUGCUGGACUUCCACAGUCACCUGACACGGAGUGAAGUGGUGGGCUACCUCGGGGGCCGCUGGGACAUCAACAACCAGAUGCUCACUGUGCUGAGAGCCUUCCCCUGCCGGAGCCGGCUUGGGGAUGCCGACGCCGCGGCCACCAUUGAAGAGGAGAUCUACCAGAGCCUGUUCCUGCGGGGCCUGUCCCUGGUGGGCUGGUACCACAGCCACCCGCACAGCCCGGCGCUGCCCUCACUGCAGGAUAUUGACGCACAGAUGGAGUACCAGCUGCGGCUGCAGGGCUCCAGCAAUGGCUUCCAGCCCUGCCUGGCGCUGCUCUGCUCCCCGUACUACUCAGGCAACCCAGGUCCUGAGUCCAAGAUCUCGCCCUUCUGGGUGAUGCCUCCCCCUGAGCAAAGGCCCAGCGACUACGGCAUCCCCAUGGACGUAGAGAUGGCCUAUGUCCAGGACAGCUUCCUGACCAAUGACAUCCUUCAUGAGAUGAUGCUGCUGGUGGAGUUCUACAAGGGUGCCCCAGACCUCGUGAGGUUCCAGGAACCGUGGAGCCAGGAGCACAGCUAUCUGGACAAGCUCAAGAUCUCCUUGGCCAGCAGGACACCCAAGGACCAGGGCGUGGGCCAUGUGCUGGAGCAGGUCUGCAGUGCCCUCAAGCAGGGCAGCUGAACACAAGGUGCCAUGAGCCUAGUGAGCACAGCUCUGACCGCAGUCCCCAGCCCUCUGUGAUUCACACUCAGCUAAUAAAGAAGCAAGAGCAGACACUAGCUCAU